CAAGAAGUAAGAAAGGAUUUCGGCCCAACCCAAUUUUCUAACGGGCUGGAUAAACAGAAAAUAAAUAGAUCCAAAUUCGAACUCGACCCGGUCUCACUUCUCCCCCUACGUUCCCGCCGCGCGCCGCCGCUCUCUUCCUCUUACUGCCGCGAUAACUCUUCCUCCGACGGAAUCUAACUAAAUAGGAUAAUAUGGAAGCCUACGUAGAGGAUUGUAAAGAUUUGGUAUCUCAAUUGAAGAAGCAAGAUAAAGAACUUAGGCUCAAGAGAAGUUAAUUUUGCAGGUGGUUAAUGAACUUGCAUUUGUCCGAAAGAGAGCAAAAAAAGAUGGAAAGACUCAAACCUCCUGGUGAUAUGAGUUUACCUGAAUCAUUGCUUAGAGAAAAUGAUUUACAUUAUGAGAACAUUCGAACUUCUGUUGCAAAGGCAUUUGGAGUGCAUAAGGGUGAAAGGGCAUGUUAUGGUGCGCCAGCCACAUUGCUCUCCAAUUCAGCCGAGAAUUUGAGAGGCAUAUAUUCCAUGCUUAAUAAGAUGAACAACAAGGGGUUAUGCUGUGUUGCAGAGACUUUAACUGGCGGCUCAAUUACUUUUGAGAAAACCAAUUGGCUAAUGAGUUGGAUAAUCAAGCAUUUUCCUCCCAAAAUACUCCAUAAGCAUGAUGAUUCCAGUCAAAGUCUAAUUAAACAAAUGUCUCAACACCUCAAAGAUCCUCAAAACUUGCGUGUUAAUCAUGGGGCUUCUUGUUCUACCUUAGAAUCCUUUCUCAAUUCUGCUAUUUAUGUUCUGGAUAGACUUAAGGAGUUGUCUCUUCUAACUUUGAGUAAAAUGCAUAGGAAUCUGAGGGAUCUCCCGGGUUACAUCCCCAUUUUUAUGCAGUCUCCUAGAAUAUCUUGGAAUAUUGAAAGGUUAGUUGAUCAAAUUAGGAGAACUUCAUUAGAAAUGCUAGCAGACUAUGAAGAAGGGGAUGAACCACCAGAACCCCUGGCUAAGGCUUUGUCCGUUGCAGCCUUAAUGCUAAAACCAGAACUUGAUUAUUGUCCCUUUCAGAUGGUUUUCCAUAAACUUUCACCAAAUGUAGAAGCAUUGCAGAAUGAUAUAGCAAAAGCAAUCAGGAUUCUAGAUGAUAAAAAAUUAGUAUGUUUUGCAGAGCUGGGAAAUUUGCCUCUUGUGCUGGAUUCUAAGGCUAAAGCUGCCAAAAAAAGUGUUCGUUUGCGUGUGCAAUUGAAGAAACUGUUGACUGAAUAUCUUCUCGAAUGCAGCGACUUGCAGUCAAUCCCUGAAAGUUUACUAGAAAGUCUAGCAAUUAUUAACAAAACAUAUAGGCAUGCACGUAGUAAAACCUACUCAAAGAAGGAGGUAGAGGAAGAAAUAGAAUGUGUGCUGACUAUUAGUGCUCAGAUAAAACAAAUUGUUUUGGAUUUACUCGUCAAAUGUGAUGUCAGUGAAGAUUUUGCAAAUGCUUACAUGGUGAAAGCAGAGGAAAGUUAUUAUGAAGGUGGUGAUGAAGAUGAGCAUCUUUCUGAUCUUCAUCAAAAUAGCAGGUCUGAUCCUAAUGUCUCAUACAGCCAAGCAGAAAGUGUCGGUGAGAUAAACGAAAGUGAUUUCAAGUCUCCAAUCACUGCUUGCCAAGAUAUUGGUUUAUCCUCUCUGUUUUCACCCAAACUCAAAUCGAGUGUCAAAAUCGAGUCACUGUAUACCGAUGAAGUAGAUUCAGUUCAUUCCAAUUGGUUUGACAAUUCCUCGGCAUUCUUAGAAUCAAAAGCUUCUGAAGGCGCAAAGAGUAUGAGUGGUAAAGAUGAUCAUUUAAGAAGCAUAGGCCUACAAGAAGGAAGAGAUUCAUGCUCACCUAUGCCAACCAGAGAUCAAAAUAGUUUUGCUACACACUUCUCACCUGAUAAAGGUUCAGGCAGGAAUCAUAUGAAGGAAAAAACAACUGCCGGUGACCUGGGAUGCACACCGCCAAAAUUUACAUCGAUAGAGUGUUCCGAAGAAAAAAACGUAUCACUUCACAGACAAAAAUUGAUUAGAAAUCAGUAUCUUCUUAUCCAGGAAGGUUCUGAUGAAACAAGUAUGGUUGCUUAUAGUCUUGUCGGCUGUAUGUUGAAUAAGUUUGCUCAGUUGGAUGGGUUACGCUUAUCUGAGGAUGAUGUAUCAUAUCUCCAAGUCCAAGGCAAUACUUCAAAUCCCAAAAAUUUUGAAGUUCCCAAUAACAGGCAAAGCUCUUGUGAUGAGACCACUAACUCUGUUAUGCUCCAUGUUCUUGAAGAGAUAAUUCCUUCUUUUGCAAACAGUAGUAAAGAACAACUGAAGGAGUUGUUGGGUGUGAAGUAGCGUCUGAAGCCUUGGGUUCAUUGAUUGGAGGCUGGUGGGUAGCUCCAGGUCUCAAUCAUAUAGAAGCUUUGCUAAAUUAUAGUCUCAGACGAUAUCUAGCAAGGACCAUGAUUUCGUCGUCAUUUGAAAGAGAUUCAUUUUGUGUAUGAUAUGCUUACAGGUAAGUAUACUUUGAAACUCUUGAAUCAAGUGUGGUCAUGUUUAUAAUUGUUAUUUUACAACUUUUUGUUCUAUUGUAGUGUCACAGUACAUGUUCGGUGUGCACUUGAAAAGACGUUCUAUGAUUCGAAAGAAUGUGAAAUUUUGUCCUGUCCUGGAGUAGAGAGCCUAGUUUUCUUGUUAAGCCCAGUUAUGUAAAUGUUUCUUUUUAUAUUUUUGGCUGUUACUUCUUCAGCUAUUUGAAGUAUUUUUGGCUUUAUUUUUUAAUACACGUCAGAAUUAACAUUGAAAAGAAAACAGUUGAGUGUGACCAUGAGCACUCUUUUGCCA